CCAUGACUGUUUGAAUUAAAAGCGGCAGACGCCGAUAGAGAGGCAUGCAUGCCACCUCGAUAAUAAUAGGAUAUAUUACUACAACAUAGUUGUUCAUUACUGACUUAAGAUGGGGCUUGUGUUACCUUGACUAUUUUAAGUGAAAACUUCAGAAUAGCCAGGAUAUAACGGAUAAGUUACAGCAAUACCAAACCACUGUUGCCAUCAAAAUGCCUAUUCGGGCUUACUGCACCAUCUGUUCGGAUUUCUUUGACCACACCAGAGACGUGGCUGCCAUCCACUGCGGACAUACUUUCCAUUAUGACUGUCUGCUACAGUGGUUUCAGACAGCUCCUAACAAAACGUGUCCCCAGUGCAGGAAACAGGUGAGCACUAAACACAUCAUCAACAAGUUGUUUUUUGACAUUGGAGGAGAAGAGGAAGGAGGUUCAGUGGAUCCAGAGAAUUUACAGAAUGAGCUGGGCCGUUUGAGGGCUGUCUUGAGUACGAAAGAGCGAGACUGCCGUGACAAACAGAAGCUUAUUGAGAACUUAAAACAGAUAGCGGAGAAGCUAAAGCAGGAAUCGGAACGUCUGAAGAAAGACAUUGGAGAUAAGGAAAUGGUCUGCUCAGUUUUACGGAAAGAGCUGAGGAACCUGGAGAAGCAACAUCUGGACAGCCAAGCAGCCAAGGAAGAGGCGCGUCAGCUACGGGUCAGACUGAAGACCUACGAGAGUUUAGAUACAGUACUGCAGGGCCAGAGGGAUGAGGUGGAGGCCAUGAUCUCUGACAUGGGAGUCGGCCAGUCAGCUGUGGAGCAGCUCUCAAUCUACUGCGUCUCACUCAAGAAGGAGUAUGACAGCCUGAAAAGUAGCUUCCGCUCCACCAAUGAGAUGUGUGAGAAACUCAGGAGGGAGGUGUUCAUUUCCAACAACAAGUUGCAGAAGGCCAAUAUGGAGGUAAACCAGACUAAAGAGGAUAUGCUCGCUGCCCAGAAGGACCUGACUAAUGCUGACAAAGAAAUCACAAGUCUGAAGAAGAAAGUGGAGAUCCUACAGAAGACCCUCAGCACACCCUCCCGCACCAACGAUGCAAUUAGCCGACUGGUGUUUGAGAGUCCUGCCCCUCUGGAACUGAAGCCGUGCCUCCAUCGGCCAGAGCACGAUCAGGACAUUGACCUAAACCUGACUUUUGACGUGCCGACACCUGAGCAAACUGAGCGCAAGCCCUCACACAGCCAUGCACCUGCCAAGAAGAUGCGCCUAGACUCCACAGGGUUAGUCUGGUCCCCCCACUUUGGUUAACAGCAUCUGCUGAAUGAUCUUCUGUUCAGGAAGAAAGCAUUUGGAAGCAUGCUGGAUCCCCAUAGCAAACCUGGAGUGGUGAGGACCGGGUAUGAUGGCCUUGGAGGAAGGACCAAAUUUAUUCAGCCUUCUCCACUGGCUGGGCUUCGGCCGCUGGCUGUUAAGGCGAAGAGGAAGAAGGUUUCCCGUCCACCAAUGGGAAGGCUUCCCACCAGUCUGACACUUGACAACUUCCUGGAGUGAGCAAGGACAUGGCCUGUGGGCAGGCCUGACACAGAGGACAUGCGCACGGGAGUCUGGCUUGCAUAUGGGCAAGUGCAAGCGUACAGUACAGGGGCACUUGUGUAUGUGUGUGUGUGUGUGUGUGUGUAUGCGUCUGUAUGUUUAUGAUUCAUCAACUACACAAAACAGUUGUAGUCCUCAGCAGUAUGAUGUUUUCCUUUUUACAUUAUGUGACCCAAAUAGUAGUUGACCCUGAAACGGAUCUGACACAUAACCACACUGUAACAGGACGGAGUCCUUUUUGGUGUUUACUGCUAUUCGUGGAUGUCAGGUGAUGAGCAAGCAUGUUAGUCCUGACCAUGCACAGAAUGAUCAUCUGUUAUUCAAAGUAGAUUUUUUUUUUAAUUUAAUGUCUGUCAACCAUGCAUUGAUUGUAGAUAUUUAUAUAUAUAUGAAUUGUACAGCUGUUAGAGUUUUAAUAAAGUAGUUUUUUUUUCUAAAAA